AUCUUCAGUCAUUCCAAAGUGGCGUUUUUUUGAGCAUUCAGAUGAGUGUAUCCGCCCGAAGUGGCCCGAAGUAGCCAUUUAUUGUUACUGCGGGUGUAAUGUAACAGUGUAAUUUGCGGACAGAUAGCAGGACGCAGGACACACAGCUGGGGUCGCAACGAUCGCCGCAAUCGCCGUAAUCGCUGACCGCCGAGUCGCCGUUAGUCGCUCUAAGUGAUCCCUCGGGCUCUGAGAGUGUGUAGACACGUCCUUCCCCGUCUUGUCCUCUGAGUAAUUAGCUCGACAUUCCUCAAGAAACGAUGGCAACGGCAGGUCGAGUGGUUGUCUACGGAGGAAAAGGAGCGCUUGGAAGCGCGAUUGUCUCUUUUUUUAGGCAGAAACAGUGGUGGGUUGCGUCCGUCGAUCACUUUCCGAACGAAGAAGCUGACGCAAAUGUGGUCGUCCAAUCUUGUGACGCGUGGGCAAACCAACAUGAGCUGGUGCUCCAGGGAGUCGCCAAAGUGCUGCAGGAUGUCAAGAUCGAUGCUCUCAUUUGCGUAGCCGGCGGGUGGGCUGGUGGAAACGCAGCUUCUGCUGAUUAUGUGAAGAACUGCGAUUCUCUUUGGAAGUCCAGUGUUUGGACGUCGGUGAUUGCCUCCAGCCUUGCAUCAAAGCACUUGAAGGAUGGUGGUCUGCUUGCACUGACUGGAGCCAAGGCUGCUCUUGAACCUACACCUGGCAUGAUUGGUUACGGCAUGGCAAAGGCAGCUGUGCACCACCUUGUGCAGAGCCUCGCCGGUAACAAGAGUGGGCUGCCACAAGGGGCAACUGUAGUGGCCAUACUCCCUGUGACCCUGGACACUCCGAUGAACCGAAAAUUCAUGCCCAAGGCCGACUUUUCCUCUUGGACUCCCCUAAACUUUGUGGCUGAGUUGUUCUUCAAAUGGACCACUGGUCAGGAGAGACCAGUCAACGGAAGCCUCAUGAAGUUGGUAACUGAAGGGGGCAAAACCAACGUUUCUGCCUAAUUCAGCCAUUUGUGCCAAUAGCCCAACAAUGGCACCUGAUAUUAAUGAAAUCUCAAGCUCUCAGCUGAAGCAAGAUGUUCUCUAUGCAUUUCAAUUAUGUGAACCAUGUUCUUUGAUGUAUGCUUAUCACAUGCAGAAGAGCAGUUGUCUACUUAUGUCUGUUACUACAGCAUGUGCAAAAAAUAAAUGUUAAAGGGUUUUUUUCACUACCUAGUCUGUACCAUGUAAGUAUAAAAAAUAAAAUGCACAAAAAUGGA